AUAAGCAAAACAGUAUUCUAGUGAAUUGAUAUAAUCAACAAUCUUAUCAUGCAAAACACAGACAAUUUCCUGAUAUAGUUAUGCUCGGGCCACCCUUAAAUUCUCUUAUUUUAGAGGUAGACACAUGUUCAAUGCAAGGACAAAAGCAUGGUUAAUUUCCUGACAAGUUUGUUAAGCCAAGGACACAUCUGCCAAAAGCACAAAAGAAAUGAAAACAAUAUCAUAUAUAUUAUAUCCCCAUCCAUCCAUGUUUUCACAUUAUUUGCUGUGUCUUGUUUCUUGCAAUCAACCUCUCUUCUUCCUUCUUCAUUAGCUAUAUCCCCAUUUCUUCCCCUUGCAUGCUGUACCAGCUCUUCCCCCCAUGGAUACGAAUCAAGCCCCGCCACCACAAGGCCUAACCCAAGAAGAAUAUAUGGAGCUCAAGCCCUUGAUUGACACAUACCAUAAAUUUGAGCCAGCACCCAACACAUGCACAUCCCUAAUAACCCAGCGCAUUGAUGCACCAGCUCAUGUUGUGUGGUCUUUUGUUCGUAGGUUUGAUAACCCACAGAAAUACAAGCACUUCAUCAAGAGUUGCAACAUGAGUGCUGGUGACGGCGGUGUAGGCAGCGUGAGAGAGGUAACAGUUGUUUCAGGCCUACCAGCUUCUACAAGCACUGAAAGACUAGAGAUUUUGGAUGAUGAGAAUCAUAUAUUGAGCUUUAGGGUUGUUGGGGGUGAGCAUAGGCUAAAUAAUUAUAAGUCUGUUACAUCAGUCAAUGAGUUCAACAAGGAAGGCAAGGUAUACGCUAUUGUUUUGGAGUCAUAUAUUGUGGACAUACCAGGGGGCAAUACAGGUGAAGAUACAAAGAUGUUUGUGGACACUGUUGUGAAGUCAAAUCUUCAAAAACUGGCAGUGAUAGCAAUUGCAUCUCUGCAUGGACAUGAAUGAUUCUGAUAUUGGCUUAGAUGAUGGAGAAAUGGCUGACAUAUCUGUGCCUCUGUCAAUGAUGAGACUGAAGUUUGCUCGCAAAUGAGGGAGAGAAGAAAAGAUACUACGUGGGUUUGUUGCUUUGGAUGUGAACAAUGAGUCAUAUCAUAUGGUUGGAAACAUGUGGGAAGAGAGAGACCAUAUUAAUUUGAAAUAUAUAUAGCUUUUCGUGUGGCUUCAAUGUCAAACCUGGCAAGCACAAACAUAUAAAAAAUUUUAUCAACCCAACAUUUAUACGACCUGCGAACCUACAUGCCUUUUAAAAUAAAAUAAAAUUUUAUUAUUUUUAUAGAUAAAAACCGAAUUAAACAAAAAAUAAUCAACCCUAAUAUUAAUAUUAAUGAUGCGAAGAAGGGAGGGUUAGUGAGGCACUCACUCUUCUCUUCUACGUCUAGGAAGACUACGAAAACAUCUCAGAAAAGGCCAAGGCAACAUGUUAGUGGUUGUGAAAGGCGAAGGAAAGAAAGAAAACAUGAUAGUUUCAAAGACCCCCUGCACCUCCCAUGCCCAUGAUCGAAGAUUAUGGCAACGUCCACUCCAAAUUUGCUAUCUUCAUCUGCAUGCCCAAUGUUUGUUCUCUUCGAUUAGGUGGAUUGAUUUUCUUCAGUGAGGAACUGAGUUUGCCAUAAAUUGAAAGGGUGGCAGGAAAAGUCAUGACUCUCAGUUGCAGGGAAGGUGAUUUUUUUUUUUUUAUGUUGCUGACGUGGCCAUGCUUUGAUGACAUGUCAUAGGAACUGAAUGUAAUCACCAAUUUAACUAUAUAUUUUUGUGCCAGUUAUGUAUACACUCUAUAGGUAUAAAAGUUAAUUGAACAGUUUUAGUUGCCUUGGUGAA